ACGUCUUGAUCAAUUUGAAGUACAUCCCUCAUUCUCAUUUCUUGAUAAUUUUGAAGUGCUUGAUGUAUUCUUCCCUCUGUUGUAAUUCUUCUAAUCAAUCAACUACGACUCAAUCACAAAAUAGUUGGAAUCGGCUAUAUGAAUCAUCUAUAUCCACUGUCCUCCAUUUGGGCCAAUUCAUUCCAAGUUGAAAUGUAGUUGGUAGGGAAAUUUUGGUAAGACUGUUGGGAAUUUUGAUAGAGUGUGAUGAAUCCGUGUAUGUAUCACGUGGAAAUUGCUGUCCUUUAUAUUCUUCUUCUGUGGGCGAUUUGAAAACAAGGAGAUUUAAAGGGAUAAACAAUCUUCGCAAGGAUUUCCAUGGAUUCGAUGAAUGGGACCGACAAUGUACAAGAAACAACAACACUUCAAAUCAAGGCAUUCUUUGAAUCAGCUCCACCACUAAAAGACGCUGCUGAAAUAGAGACAAAAUUGAAGGAAUUUAUCGAGCGGAAUUCCUCAUCAUCAGAAAAUGGAAAAGCAAACAGGGUGGUGUGUGUGACUUCUGGUGGCACAACUGUUCCUUUGGAGAAACGAUGUGUUCGUUAUAUUGACAACUUUAGCUCUGGUCAUAGAGGAUCUGCUUCCACAGAGUACUUUUUGAAGGCUGGUUAUUCUGUCAUCUUUCUUUAUCGUAGGGGAACCUGCCAGCCAUUUUGCAGAUCGCUGCCUGACGAUCCAUUGCUUGAGUGUUUUACUUCAACUGAUGAUUCAAGUAUUCAAGUGGACUCAUCGCAUGCUGAAGUGGUGAAGAGAGCCAUAACUAAAAAUCGUUCAGCAGUCAAUCGAGGCUUCCUGUUGAAAUUACCGUUUACAACAAUUUUUGAAUACUUGCAGAUUCUUCGGAUGAUAGCUGUGUCUUUAAGGAGCCUUGGUCCUAGUGCCAUGUUCUAUCUUGCAGCUGCAGUUUCCGACUUCUAUGUACCAUGGGAGAGCAUGACGAUACACAAGAUCCAGUCAGGAUCUGGUCCAUUGGACAUGCGGCUUGCUCAAGUACCAAAGAUGCUUUAUGUGCUUAGAAAUGAGUGGGCCCCUGUGGCUUUCUGCAUAUCUUUCAAGCUGGAGACAGAUACAGAUAUCCUUUUAGGUAAGGCUGAUAUGGCCCUCAAAAAGUACAAGAUGCAUAUGGUGGUAGCUAAUGAACUUUCAACCCGUAAAGAGGAAGUUAUAGUUGUCACUGAGCAGGAAAAGAUCACAGUUCAUCGGGACACAACUCAGGAUGGGGCUGAUGUCGAGGAUCCAUUGAUUAAGCUUGUUGUCGGUAGGCAUUCGGCGUACAUCAACCAUUCUGAUGCAUGAUCUAAAAGGACUGACCGAUGAUAUUUUGUGGAUCAGUGGAAACUGAGUUCAUUACAAGGAGAUUGCAGUACAUCUAUGCAACAAUUAUGUAACCAGUUGUUUAAAAGGAGAUAUACCUUUUCACCCCACUCAACCAACUACCACAGCCUCUCUUGGAAGAACAAAAAGAAAAGAGGGUGUGCCUUUAGUUAUUCUUAUGGCGAGCCUAUUUUUCUUGUUAAAGAAUACAUUCAAUGAAAUAAAAAGCAGCUGUGCCAUUGAAUUCAUCAGCAAAA